AUGAUUUUGCCGCGAAAACUUCAUCAAAUUCAAAAACUGAGAAACGAAAUGGGAUAUUUGAGUUUUCGGGGCCGAAAAUCAACAAGUACUUCUAUUGUCUUUUCAGUUCAAUUGAUAAAAACCCAAGACGCCUCAGAAACAGCACUUUGCAACUUCGAGAUAGCCAUGCAAGAAUUACCCGGAUAUUACAGCAUGGAUCUCUUACAAUUUCGGUUUGCUCUGCCGAGAGAAGGAAGCAGGAGUGAAGCUUGCACGACAUCAAGUAACAAGCACCCCUUAACAAGAUCCAUUGGAAACUUGAUCAACCACGAUACAGCAAACUUGGCUUCAGUAGAGGGCUCUUGCACUCUCAAAUAA